AUGGGCUCGAAAUCUCCCGAAUACGAUGGCCAUCAAGGUCAAGAAAACUCAAAUGGGCCCAUCGAGUCGCCCACGGGUGGAAUGCCACGGGGUGAGAUGCACACAACGGAUGGGGACGGUACUCUCGGAGACAGUGACGAAGGGGACGACGACGAAGCGCAACCGGCCGCGUUAACUAACGGAACUACGAACAGUCAGAAAAAGAAGAGAAAAUCCAAGAAGAAGAGCAAGAAGAAGGCUUCCAAGAAGCAAUCUUCGCCACCUAGGGUCCCACUCUCUGAGCUGUUCCCGCAGGGCAAUUACCCUGUCGGCGAAGUUCAACACUAUGAGUCUGACGUGGAGAACACCUCACGGACUCCGGCCAAAGAGCUGCGCUAUAUGUCCUAUCGCCACCUCGAGGACGAUUCGUUCCUCGAUGACUAUCGAAAGGCUGCGGAGGUCCAUCGCCAGGUCCGAAAGUGGACACAGGAGCAUGUUAAGCCAGGACAGGGCCUGAUGAGCAUUGCCGAGGACAUUGAUGACGGCGUGCGGGCGCUGCUAGGCCAUGCUGGUCUGGAGCCUGGUGACAGUCUCAAGGCUGGACUAGGCUUCCCGACAGGCCUGUCGCUAAAUAAUGUCGUUGCGCACUACACGCCCAAUCCCGGACAUAAGGAUAUCAUCCUGCAGUCGAACGAUGUGAUGAAGGUCGAUUUUGGUGUUCACAUCAACGGGUGGAUUGUGGACAGUGCGUUCACCAUGAGUUUUGAUCCGGUAUACGACAAUCUUCUGGCAGCAGUUAAAGAUGCCACCAAUACCGGACUCAAGAAUGCGGGGAUCGAUGUCCGUAUCAGCGAUGUUAGCGCAGCCAUCCAAGAGGCCAUGGAAAGCUACGAAGUUGAAAUCGGAGGGAAGACAUUCCCCGUGAAGCCGGUGCGGAGUAUCACUGGUCACGAUAUCAAACAGUAUCGCAUCCACGGUGGGAAGUCGAUCCCGUUUGUCAAAAACUCAGAUCAGACAAAGAUGGAAGAGGGAGAGAUUUUCGCCAUUGAAACCUUUGGGAGCACUGGCCGAGGCUUUACAUAUGAAGACGUUGGCGUUUACGGCUAUGGGAAGUCAUAUGAUGCUCCUCGCAAUGUGUCUUUGCCUUUGGCUUCCGCAAGGUCCCUGUACAAGACAAUCAAUGAAAACUUUGGAACCAUUGUUUUCUGUCGCCGCUAUCUGGACCGGCUCGGUUUGAAGCGGUAUUUAGCUGGCAUGAACACUCUUGUACAGCACGGGGUUGUCGAUGUCUACGCCCCUCUUGUUGACGUCAAGGGGUCGUACUCGGCGCAGUUUGAACAUACUGUUCUGCUGCGAGAGUCGAACAAGGAAGUUAUCAGUCGCGGAGACGACUAUUGA